AUGGGUGCUCUCACGCUUUCUACGCCUUUUUCGGGGGGAGCUUGUGUUUACGCUACACAUGACGAGGCGCCGGAGUCUUCGUUUCACCUCAAGUAUGCCGGCACUUCGGACAUUUCUUUGGGACCGAAACCUGCUCUCAUGGAAGGCAACCUCGUCCGUUCUUCAGGUUGUGCUGAAUUGGAGCCAGUUUUAGAUCAAUAUUUGGCGGCUGGGCUUAUUCAGCAUUCCACCUCUCCGUGGGCCUCUCCUUUUGUGGUCAUCCCCAAGAAGGAUGGCUCGGUUUGCAUCACCGUCAACUACAAGCGCCUUAAUGCACUGGUGGAUUUAGACGGACAGCCUCUUCCGCGCGUGGACGGCAUUUUGGACUCUUUGUAUACAGGGAAGGUAUUUUCCAUCUUUGAUCUCAACUCUGCCUUUCACCAAAUUGUGUGCGACGAGGAGACCGUGCCUCUCACAGCCUUUGGCACGCCUGCACAGCUCUUUGAGUGGCUGCGAAUGCCGCAAGGAGCUAACGCGAGUCUUUCGUGGUUCGUGAAGGUCAUGAACCGUGUGGAACCAUUGGAGCAUGUGCGUAACAUUAUUGAGUUUUUCAGAUGCCUACGAAAGUACAACCUCAAGCUGUCUCCAGGGAAGGCCCGUGUCGGAGCUACUCACGCCAAUUUCCUGGGCCACACCAUCUCCCCAGCCGGCGUUAGUCCGGAUGGCGACAAGGUCCGGGCGCUCACGAAGAUGGCACCGCCGGCGAAUGUCAAGCAACUUCGGAGUCUCUUGGGCGGUUUAAGCAACUACGGGAAAUUUCUGAAGAAUCUUGCCACCAAGGUAAGGCCGCUCAACGCUCUCCUCAAACAAGGCGUUCAGUUAAAGUACACCCCGAGCAUGGUCACGAUGGUUAAAUCGCUGCUCCACGACCUUUCCCGCCCCCCGAUUUUGGUUUUCCCUGAUUGGGAUGCGGCUGAAGACAACAGUCGCUCUCUUCGUUUGUGCUCAGAUGCCUAUUCAGACGGGUUUGGCGCUUCUCUAGAGCAAGAACAGUAA